CCGCGUGCGGGUGACGGUCUUGUUUAUCUAAUGUUAUUUUAACGGUUACGCUCUUCACGCUUUUUCCGUAAUCUUGUACGGCAGCUCGUGUUCUUAACUGUUGUGCCAGCUGGCAGGUCUUUGUUUCGGUAGGUGAAACGAUUAAUGCGAAACGUGCCAAACAAAGAGCGGCCUGCUACUUCUGCGCACUUAUAAAUGGCGUUAAUCUUGUUUAGUGGCUAACAUACAAAAACCACUUGCUACAUUUUUACAUGCGUAAUGCUUAUAAGCCCCAAGCAAUAAGUCUUCUGUGGACUUAAAACGCUUGAGUAGUACUUGUUUUAGUAAUGUAUUGAUGGACGUGAUUGAUCUAUCGAUCAAUCAUGGCCGUGGUUCAGUUGUUUCAGUGAAUAUUACAGACACCAAAACACAAGCACUUUAUUUGGGCAAAUAUUUAAGUGUACAUCGACUAGUAACAUUGGUGUAACAGUCUCACAUCUUUUAGGUUUCCCGAUUUUGAUGUGUCCACAUGAUGAGGGAAAAAGUGGUCCUGAGCUGCGAUGUUUAUUUGCUCACGCAGGACUGCACAACAUAAACGUAAAGACCAAAUGGCUUACUGCAGAACUGCUGAAUGAAGAUGCACUCUAGAUACUGAGAUAUUUAGACUUGGUGCAAGAUGUCUUACUCAUCCCGAAGUUCCUCUCGUGCCUCUGACUGUAAGGUCUAUGUUGGUGACCUUGGCAACGGUGCAGCCAAAGGUGAACUUGAACGAGCCUUCAGUUACUACGGACCACUGAGGAGUGUAUGGGUUGCACGAAACCCACCAGGUUUCGCCUUCGUAGAGUAUGAGGAUGCCAGAGAUGCAGAGGAUGCCGUAAAGGGGAUGGACGGAAAGGUGCUUUGUGGAGCCCGCGUCAGAGUUGAGCUGUCUACUGGUAUGUCUAGAAAGUCCCGAUUUGGGCGCCCUAACCGCAGGCAAUUUGACCCAAAUGACCGAUGCUACCAGUGUGGAGAGAGUGGCCAUUAUGCCUACGACUGCUAUCGCUUCAAUAAGAGGCGUGGCCGACGCAGCAGGUCAGCAUCUCGCUCUCGUUCCAGAUCUCGUGGCCGGCGUUACCGCUCUCGUAGCCGUAGCAAUGAAAAGAGGUACCGUUCACCGUCAUACUCAAAACGCAGAAGCAGGUCUGCCUCUCCAGCCCGCUCCAGAACUCCUGUGCGGCGCUCUCGUUCCCCAGUCCGCAGGUCGAAAAGCCCUGUCCGUAGAGACAGUCGCUCCCGUUCACGCUCUGGUUCCAGACAAAGGAAACGUAGUGUAUCCAGAUCUCGGUCUCGUUCAGUCAGUCAUAAGAAAGAAAGUCAUUCCAGGUCUGCCAGCCCAAGGAGAAGCCCAACCCCAGAUGCUGACUGAUCUGAUAUUUCACUUUCAUUCCCCACCUUUACCUUUGCUGAUAUGUAUUUUAUUUCCCCCAUGAUUUCAAUCCUUGUUCUACUGUAGCUACCAAGCUCUUUUUUUUUUUUUUUUUUUUUUGACAAAGCUCCUCACACCUUGUAAAAGCAUCACUAUCAUCUCAUGAAGGCUUGUCAUUUUCUUCAUGUAUCCCUCUUGUCACUUUUUAUUUAAUUUUUUUUUAUUAUUAUCAGACUCUUAAAGGAUUUUAAGCUCCAUUGUUUUAUUUCAGUGUUGAGCUGAAUGUCCUGUGGUCAGUGGAUUGAUUGUAGGUAAGGUGGUGAAUGAGCUCUGUUGUGAUUAGUCAGUGUAUUGUAUGAGAUGAAGAGUAUAUGCUGUGAUAGAAGUUUUUUCUUUUGGUUGGUGUAGAAUGAUUAUUUAUUUUUAUUUUUUUUUACGUUUGAAAAUGGCAAUGAUCUUUUUAAUAAAGUAAAGCUUUACAAACCCAACUGUUUCUGUGUGUGGUGUUGCUGACCUGGUUUUUUUCAUUAGGGGGACUUUGUUAGGAACUUGAUGUGUAAAUGUUGUCCAUGCAUAUACGAUACAUUCAAACCUAAAACUGGCAGCAAACUCGUUUACAACAUGGAUUAAAAAGGUUUUGUGCAAUGGUUAGUCAUGAGGUAUUGCACUCUUGACUGACUGUCUUGUCUGUUUAACAAUUGUAUGGGAUACAAUUCCCAGGCUUGUGUGUACAGCUGUUUUCGGUAUUUCAUGGUAAGAGUUGUGAAUGUUAUGAUUCCAUUUGAUUUUUUUGAAUCGAAGCCAAAUAAUUAUACCAUAAAUUGAACUACAAGUCACCUUACCAUAUACACAGAGAUUGAAAGAUUUUUACAGGGCUCUAUGUGAUUUAGGCCCUGAAAGUACAAUGAACUAAAUGAGAUGUAACACUACA